CCUACUUGUCCUCUCCCCACGGGGUGCCAUCGGCUGCGCCGCCAAUGUCAGGGGCUGUCACUCCACCCACGCAGUUGGUCUCCGAAGAGCGGAAGGCAGCGGUCACGGAUGCCCGCCGGACGAACUCGGGCGCGGCGCAUUGUGCUAGGAUUCUCACUCACGCCACGACCGGACGAUGACGACGGCCGGCGACGAGCAUGCUCGGACACUGCUCAGACCGGGACAGCGCGAUGUGCGCGACUAUGGCGCGGUGACCACGGCUGGUCCGGACGGCUCCGGCAACGACAGCAGUGAUGACACCGAGGGUGAUGUCCAGGAUGGCGUGAGGCGCAUCGAAGCCGUGUCGCGGACCUGGUCUACAUGGGGGUUGGUGAUGGCUUACGUGAGUAUAUUGCUCAUGGCCUUCACCGUCUCGCUUGAAGGCCAGGUCACCUAUUCGCUGGCCGCGUUCGCUGUGAGCUCUUUCAACAACCACUCCCUGCUGUCGACCGUCUAUGUCGUCCAGGGCGUGGUGAACGCCGUCAUCAAACCGCCCAUGGCCAAGAUCGCUGAUGUCUUCGGCCGCCUCGAAGCGUUCUGCAUUUCCGUAUUGCUUUGUGUCGUCGGCUACGUCCAGAUGGCCGCGUCGCAUAAUGUCGAGACGUACGCUUCGGCCCAGAUCUUCUACUCGGCCGGGUCCACAGGUCUCCAGAUCCUCCAGCAGGUCUUCAUCGCCGACACCAGCGACUUCCUAAACCGUGCCCUCUUCUCCAGCCUUCCCGACAGCCCCUUUCUCGUUACGGUCUGGAUCGGGCCCGCCAUCGCGGGGGUCAUCCUUGCCAACUCGUCCUGGAGGGUGGGCUACGCUAUGUGGGCCAUCAUCCUUCCCGCCGCUUUCCUCCCCUUAGCUAUGAGCUUGUUCUUCAAUGGCCGGAAAGCCGAGCAGCUGGGACUGCUCGCCAAGAAGCGGCAUGGAGAUCCGCGCACCGACAACGAGUCUCGGCGCGCCGCCGCAAGACGCCUCUUCGACGAGCUCGACAUCGGCGGCACGCUCCUUCUCUCAGCCGGCCUCGCCUUGAUUCUUGUCCCCUUAACCCUCGUCUCGCGCUCUUCCUCCGGAUGGCACGACCCCAAACUCUUGGUUAUGAUCCUCACCGGCCUGGUCCUGCUCAUGCUAUUCCCAGUGUGGGAAUCCCGCCCCGAUCUGGCUCCCCACCCUCUCCUCCCGCUUCCGCUGCUCAGAUCCCGCACAUUCUGUGCCGGCUGCGCCCUCGGCUUCUUUUACUUCGCCGUCUUCUACAUCGCUGUCCAGCCCUACUUCUACUCGUACCUCCUCGUAGCCCUCAACCUACCCGUCUCCCUCGCGGGCCCCAUCACGCAAACAUUCUCCUUCGCCUCCACCAUCGCCGCCCUGCUCGCCUCUCUCCUCAUUCGCCGCCUUGCCGUCCCCCGGCCGAGACCCUUUAUCCUCGCGGGCGCCGCUCUCUACACCCUCGCCAUCGCUGUCCUCCUCCGCACGCGCACGCGCUCCGCGUCGGUCGCGUCUCUCUUCGCCGCGCAGACGGGCCUCGGCGCCGGCGCGGGCCUGAUGCACGUCGCCACGCAGCUGAUCGUGCAGGCCGCCGCUAGCAGCGACGUGCCGCAUCGCGGCAGCCAGGCCCGUGCGCAGCAGUACGUUGGCGUCGCGACCGCGUCCUUCCUCACGCUCGUCCAGGUCGGCGCGGCCGUUGGGUCGGCCGUGUCGGGGGCUGUCUGGGGAAAGCUGGUCCCGGCGAAACUCCUUGAGUAUCUCCCCGAGCACGUGAAGGGCGAGGCGGCGAAGAUCUACGCUAGCGUGGUGGUCGCGUGCAGCUAUGCUUGGGGGAGCCCGGAGCGCGAAGCGAUUGCGCGGUCGUACCAGGAGACUAUCACGGUGCUGUUGUGGGUUGCGCUGCUGGCGUGCGGGCCGGUGCUUGGAAUGGCGGUGCUGGUGGAGGACUACAGGCUGGAUGGAUUUGGGAAAGGCGGGAUUGGGCAGGUUGGGGAUGGCGAUACGAGCGAAGAAGAUGAUACGCACGAUCGUGGUGACGCUCUCAGGGAAUGAGCUUGUCCGUGCUAGAGUUCAGCGUGCACGGCGAGUGCUGUUAGGGAUAGAAGGUUUGACAGGUGAUACCCUGACUUCGUCUGGUUUAUAGUGGUUAUACAGCAUUUACAAUCUGUCGGCAGCAGCGCAUCCUGCUGGACAUCACCCCUCCUUGAUGCUGUUCCCAGUAGCGCUCUUUUCAACGGCAGCCCCUUCUCAGGGCUCCAAGCGCU